GUGAGGCACUAUAGCAGGCACUGCAUGGCGGCCUCUCCAUGCCACCAAAGACCUCAGAGUCAGGUUUGUCUUGAGGUGUCUUCUACUGCCUGGAAACUUGAGGAAACGAUUCAAUAGCUGAUCCGGAAAUGUCUUUGGUGUGUUUGGAAGACUUUAAGGCAUAUGCACGCCAGCAGUUGUCUAAGUUAUCCUGGGACUUUAUUGAAGGAGAAGCUGAUGAGGGCAUCACCCGCAAUGACAACAUCACAGCAUUUAAAAGAAUCCGCCUCCGUCCCCGAUACCUGAGGGAUGUGUCAACUGUGGAUGCCAGGACUACAAUCCAAGGGCAGGAGAUCAGUGCCCCCAUUUGCAUCUCACCCUCAGCUUUUCACUCCGUGGCCUGGCCAGAUGGAGAAAGGAGCACAGCCAGAGCUGCUCAGGAGGUCAACAUCUGCUACAUCACCAGCACUUACACCAGCUGUGCCCUGGAGGACAUUGUUGCUGCUGCCCCAGGAGGCUUACGGUGGUUCCAACUCUAUGUGCAACCAGAUUGGGAGCUCAACAAACGGCUAGUUCAGAGGGUAGAAGCCUUGGGUUUCAAAGCUUUGGUGAUAACUGUAGAUGCACCUGUAAUUGGCAAUAGGAGACAAAACAUGCGAAACCAACUGAAUUUGGAGGAAAACAUAAUGCUGAAGGACCUCCGAUCACCUGAAGAGAGAAACUCCACAAUUACUGCCCCCACGUCUUUGCCGAGUCCAUCUUUCUGCUGGGAUGAUCUUUCCAUGUUUCAGACUAUGACUCAGUUGCCCAUUAUCCUCAAAGGGAUUUUGACGAAAGAAGAUGCAGAGUUAGCAGUGAAGCACAAUGUCCAAGGCAUCUAUGUUUCCAACCAUGGUGGGAGGCAGCUCGACGGGGUUCCUGCUUCAAUUGAUGCUCUGACAGAAGUGGUGGCUGCUGUCAAAGGGAAAAUUGAAGUGUACAUGGAUGGUGGGGUGCGAACCGGCAGUGAUGUGUUGAAGGCCCUGGCCCUUGGGGCGAGGUGCAUUUUCCUUGGGAGACCAAUCCUUUGGGGCCUUACCUACAAGGGUGAACACGGUGUGAAGGAAGUUUUAAAUAUUUUAAAAGCAGAGUUACACACCUCUAUGGCCCUUUCAGGCUGCCGGUCAGUCGCUGAGAUCAGUCCAGACCUUAUUCAGUUCUCCAGAUUAUAAGGGCCUGCUGAGACUGCCUCCAGAAGAUGUGGUGUGCAAUCCUGUUCUUCUUGGGCCCCAUCCUAUCUAGUGGUUUGAGCCCUGUAGCCUCAAAAUUAGAGAGGGAUGGAGAAAAGAUAUCUAACAGAUCCCACAGUGUGCAUUUGGAUGAAGGAAUAACACCUAAUGUUCUACAGGAUAACUGUAGUGGACAACAAUUAAUUGACUAUGUCAAACAGCCAUGGUCCAGCAAGAAAUACAAUGGUCCUGUCUGAUAUGACAUACCAGUUAUCUUUAUCUGAUGAUUUUAUACAUUAUACGUCAUUGAAAUGUUAUACUGUACCAUAAAUAUUUGCAAUUACUCUGUACCAAUUAAAAUAAUGAUAUGUGUUUAAAAAGAAAUGGGAACAGGUUACCCUAAUGUAGCUUUUCUCAUUCCCUUCUGGAAGAAACACUGGAAAAUUUUAAAACGUUAAGCAUUAUAGUCAAAGUCUAAAACACAAAACAACAGAGAGCUAAUGAAUUUUUGAAUUAUUCAAGGUCUAACACAGGAUGUUACAGGAAGUUUUGAUCUAUUGCCUAAUGUCCAUUGUUGACAAUAGUUGACCUUCCAAAAGAAUAUCAAAAGGAAGAGUUUGAAACUCGUUUUCAAGAAUCUAUGACUAAAAUAAAAUUAAUAAUCACAGUCUUUCACCAAUACAUGAAAAAGAAGAUAUCUUUAUUCUGCUCAUAUUCAUUUAUUCAAAUAAAUGUAAGACUUUUCAAUAGUUUAUAGAGUUAAAGUAAAUGUAAAAAUUAAAGUCUAAGAAAAUUUCUGCUACCCAGAAGUCUCCAAGAAAGCAGUUUCAUAUAAACUUAAACAUGAAACACCAGCCUAACCCAUUUCCAGGGGAAUUUGGCCACACUUGGAUGGACUUUGUUGUUCUUUGGCAUGUUCUACAGCCUCUGAACUGCUUUGAUCGCUCUGUAGAUCCAUGUUUCUGUAUCACAGAAUUCCGUGUCAGGCACCAUGUUUUUCCAUAUCCCCCCAUUUAUACACCGAUAGCUUUAUUCCCACCAUUCUCAUCACGUUAGAAACAAAAUGUGAAUGCCUAGGUACUCAUUGGCCUCUGUGAUUGUCACAGUUAGCUUCAGCUGUCAACUUGGCAUGCACGAACCUAAAAUCACUUGAGAAGAGGGAACCCUAGUGGAAGAACGCCCUUCCUCAGACUGGCCUACAGCUGGGUCUUGGAAAAAUUCUCUCAACUACUAAUUGACAGAGGGCCUGGACUACUGGGUACAGAGCAAUCCCUGGGCAGGUGGACCUGGGAUACAUGACUAACUGACCAAGCCAGAGGUGAACCUUUACUCACUGUCAUCCUUACAGCUUGACUUGUUCCUGUUCCCCUUCACUGAUGGCUAUGCUUUGAAAUUCCUCCAACUUCCUUGGUAGAAGCCACACCUACGCAAUAACUUCAAACUGGCACAACACAGGGCAUCUCUUCGGCUUUAAACUCAGCAGAUGAGGUUUGAUUGAACUGUUAUAGAUUUGUUUGUUUCAAGAGUGAAACAAACCACAACAGCCCAAGGUAUACUGGGAAAGAAGGUAGUUAGACUAUUUUGUUUAAAAGUAUACGUUCUCCCUGAAUACAUUUCUUGAGUGAUAGCUCUGCCUUUUCUGGAUCUUGAACCUAAGGUAACAGUCAAGCUGCCUUUUGUUCUAGGCUCCAACAGAUAGAUGUGCAAUUCUAAAGGAAGAAACCAAGGCUGGUACAUAAAGAUAACACCAACUGAGUGUUCAUUGCUGCUCAAAAUCAUGCACGUAAGCUUGCACACUGAUCUAGAGAGUAAUCGUUUCAUUUGGGAAAGACACAGACAACCAUACUAAUUUAGGCAGUUAAAAGCAUCAGAGUUGGGCUGAAGAAAUGACUUAUACAUUAAAGGCUAGGCUCUCAACCCAAAAUACAUGAGUAUCAGAGUCCUUUAAUUUUGACCAGUGACCAAGAAGAGGCAAUUGGCUCAAAGUCUCUUGACACUGAAGCUCAGGGGUACAGCAUGUUUAAAAGCAAAUUUCACAAUCACAUCAAUGUUAUAUGAGGGACAGAGGAAGCUUGCAGAACAUUUGUUUAGUCAUGACAUAAUACUUAUUUUGGACAUAACAUGGCAAUUUUUUUCAACUAAAAUCAUUUUUGAUUGUUUUUAAACAGGAAUUAUUUUGAUGAACACAUCUGAGCUGUGUUUAUGGCUAUAGAAAUCUCAAAGUGUUGCCAAGGCAGACAGGAUUGUUGUGGGGCAGAUGGCUGAGACGUUUUGAAGCAGGUACAAAAUGAAGUCAGGACAAGACAGCAUUGCCUUAGUCACUUCAAAAUAAGUGCUUAUUAAAUCUCAGAAAGAAAUGUCACGGAACUUAAAAGUGUCCUGUUUUACCAUAUGACCGUGUCUAAUGUAGACAGAAGACAGAAGACAAAAGCUGGUGCUUCCAAUGGAGGUAUGGAGACAGAAAAGAGUCACGUGCUCAACACCAUGCAUAUUAAGGAAUUACAAAUUUAAACAACAGGACACCACUGUAUAGCUCCUGGGAUAUGUCAAAGUCCAACCAACACCAAAUGUUAGCAAGGAUAUACAUUACCAAUGAGCAUAAAAACAGUAUAGAGACUUUGUAAGACAGUUUGUGAGUUUGCCUCAAAACUAAACACCUUCACUGGAUAAACUGCCAACUGUGAGUUAUGGUGUUUACCCAGAUGUGUUUACAUCUGUGGUCACAUCCAUAGAACAUAACCGCAUGGGCGUCUUUACAGGAACUCCAUUCACAAUUGCCCAAACUUGGUGGGCAGAUCUUCUGCCAUGAUGUUCUUCAGUAGUUUUUAAAUAGAUGUGGGACACCCAGACAUUAUUCAUUUCCUAGGGGGAAAUGCUACCAAACCAUGAAAAUACACAGAGGAACAGUUAAAGAUCUGUCAGUAUGUGAAUGAAACCUUCCAUUAACAGUUGCAUAUUGUAAGAUUCUAAACAUAUGACAUUGUGGAAGAAACAAAAUCAUGGAGACAGAGGUUCACUGACGUAACAAAUGCAUUCUUUCAGUUCAGGAUACCAGUGGAUGGGGGCUGUGCAUUUAUGUGCUUUGUAGCGUGUGCUUCCUGCUCAGUUUUGCUCUGUAAUUCAAAUAGUUCUUUUGAAUAAUCUAUGUAAAUAUUAAUUCCCACUGGGGGAAUGUAGCUCAGUGGUAGAGCAUUUGAUCAUUAUGGAUGAGCUUUUGGGGUCAAUCCCAAAUAACAGAGGAAAAUGGGUAACACAUCUAUGUAGGGCAUGAAAAUAAAUACUAAAUAUAUUAGG